UGGUAUGUGUAGAGCGGAAGCAGAAGACAGAGGAGCAACACGAAUCUACGCAGGGAAUUUGUCAAUUUCAGAAAUGAAUUCAGAGAAAUAUCCUAGGUCCUCAAUUGAGGACGAUUUCAAUUAUGGGACUAAUGUCGCCACGGCUAGCGUCCAGAUCCGUAUGGAUUUUCUGCGCAAGGUCUAUACCAUCCUGUCAUUGCAGAUCAUCCUCACCACAGCCAUGUCUGCACUCUUCAUGUUCUGUGAACCUAUCAAAACGUUUGUCCAUGCAAGCCCCGCUGUCGUCUUGGUGUCUGCUAUCGCCUCUCUUGUCCUCAUCUUUGCCCUGUUCAUUUACCGGCACAAGCAUCCCAUCAACCUCUACUUACUCUUUGGAUUUACUGUGUUGGAGGCAGCUUCAGUUGCAACCGCUGUGACCUUCUACGAGUACUCUAUAGUCCUGCAAGCUUUUAUUCUGACAUCUGCCGUCUUCCUCUGUCUGACUGCCUACACCUUCCAGUCCAAGAGAGAUUUCAGCAAAAUGGGCGCAGGAUUGUUUGCAUGUCUGUGGAUUCUGAUCAUCGCUGGUUUUAUGAGGCUGUUUUUCGAUAGCGACAUGUUGGAGUUGGCGUACGCCUGCGCGGGCGCCCUCCUCUUCUGUGGCUUCAUCAUCUACGACACCCACGUCCUGAUGCACCAGCUGUCCCCCGAGGAGCACGUACUGGCCUCCAUCAACCUCUACCUGGACAUCGUCAACCUCUUCCUCCACAUCCUGCGCAUCCUCGACUCCAUGAAGAAGCAUUGAGUGCCUCGCCUUACCACUCACUGCCAGUGACGCGAGAUGGGAGAAUUUGAUCCAUUAGUUCACAACCACAGGUGUUAAAAGUAAAAGUAAAAAAAGAAACGGUUUCCUUCCUUAAUUCCUUAUUUUAAGUAUGUAAGUUAUAUGGAACUCUAUCAUGUAUUUUAUUUUGUAUAUAAGAACUGAAGAUGUCAAAUAAAAUCAAUCAAUCAAUCAGUUCAA